CAUGAAAUUUUUUCUUUCAGAUCUAAAAGAAUAGAAAAUAGAUUUCUCUCUCUCUCUCUCUUUCUCUCUUCCUGGAAAAAAAUAUAAAACAAGUUUCUCUUCAAUGAAAUCACUUGGAUCGGAUAAAUAUACGGUGUUCGUAGAUCAUUGUUCGUCGCGCAACUUUUUCAUCGAUCGCGGUAACGGAAUUGCAUAAAUGAAAGUGGACAGUUAGCGAUCGGUCAGCUGUGUCCUUUCAAAUUCUCAAAUCUCAAUUUUAAUCCAGGGGAAGAACAAGUUUGAAAUGAGCUGAAAUCCAGCAGAAAAAUAAUCAACAAAACUGAUCGACAAAAUUAAAAAGAAAUCUUUUUAACCUUUUUCGCCUUUCGUUAAAAAUAAAAUAAUAUUAAAAUAAUAUUUCUUCCUAUUUAUUUAUCAUCAAUCUGCGUGCUGUAUCCAAGUUUUUCCCUCCUAAAACGAGAGAGAAAUGAUGGAGCAAUGGCCACGGACGAGCAAACAAUAUCCAUCAUUCUUUUACGGUCGAUGAUUCGAAUAUUUCUGAUUGAUUACUGUUCACUUACUCCUGGGACACUUGCUUGCGUGUCGCGAAAUUGAAAUUGGUGGGGCAGCGAUCUUUUUGAAUCGCCAAGUCGAUAUAAAGGCUUUGCCCGUCGAGGCGAGAUCAUUUCAUGGGAAAGUGAUGUGGCUCGACGAACCGGAAACGGAAUAAGUGUUCACUGAUCGCGCAUCAUGAUCUCCUACAACCACCGUUCUCUUCCCUUCGAUGGAUUCUUUUUGAUAUUUGGCUUAAGUUUGGCCAUCUGUUGGACACCGGCAAACGCCAAGAUCUACGAGGAUCGCUUCAAAUCCUUGACAGCCAAUGAUCGUUCAUGGCUUCGUACAAGCCGCGAAGUUCCUUAUUACGUUGUCCCUUCAGAACACUCUCCAUCUUACGCCAGCUUCUUAGAAUCGCGAAGAAACCAUCGAGCAGCAUUCGACUCGUCGGAUGCUUCCCUCGGACCAGCAAAAGACCGGUACUCGAUUUCGGCCAGCAAGAAGGUUCCCACUGAAAACAAAAAUUUCAAAAAAGUAGUAUCUCCAUUCUACACAAUCAAAGAUUCCCAAAAGUACAAGGACAUGGUGAUGAAAUCUGGCGUUCCAUAUUGCCAAGAGAUCAAAACAGGGCGUGCGAAUAAGGAUGGGAACAGCAAAGAAAGCAUGAUCUGCUACAAAUGCAAAAAUCCUAAAAAUGGGGCCACUUACGAGCAAUGCUCUUACGGUUCGCAUCCUUCCACCGAUUCUAGCAAUAUUGAACAAAGCUCACCACCUUCACGGUUCAGAAACAAGAGGUCAAACUCUGACGAGGCGUUCUCCGGUUUCAAAGAUUACAGAAGGGAUGGAAAUCCGUACAGGUUCAACGACAAGAUAUUUUCAGAGGCCACGGACGAUGUUCCAGCAGAGUAUAAGAAGAAAAACGAAAAAUGUGAAAAGGUAGUCAAGGAUUCCAUGAUGUGCAUGGUGUGCAAAGAUACGAAGAGUAAUGGCAAAUACGAGCAAUGCACCUACAUUAGACAACCGACAGAGAAGAAAUAUACCUACACGAAAUCUAGCUCUCUUAAAAAUCCCAAUGGAUCCGAGAAAGAGGAUGGGAAAAGAUCUGAUAGAAAAUAUUUUGGAACUAGGCCAGUUAAGGAAGAAUACUCGAGUUCUGAGGGCAAAGAGGAGCCAGAGAGGGAAUCUCGAGAAGAAUACAAAGACUCGACCGGCAAUUGCAAGAAGGUCCAAAAAGAUUCGAAGACUUGCACGGUCUGUAAAGAUCCCAAAACGGGUGGAAAUUACGAGAGGUGCUCGUAUGCCUACGAACCAAAUGAUAAAGUUUAUAAAUUUAGUAGAACUAAGAGUUUUGGAUACCCUACAAGUUCUUCCAAGGAUGACGAGUCUUCUGGUGACGAGUCCAGUCAGGACGAAGAGAGGAGAUCUAAAAGCGAACUCGAGGAAUACAGGAGAGACUAUUCCAUUCCUGAAAGCUACUACGACAAGAGUCACUCCUCUCCAUUAAGUUCUUACUUCAAGGAUGAGGAACCUAGGUCCAGUUAUCGUCAAGCUGCUUCGCAAAACUCUAAGUUAAUCUCUGACGACGACGACGAUUAUUUAUCUGGCUAUGAGAAAUCUAAGUCAGAAUCUGAGAAAGUUGCCAAAAGUAUCGAACCGAGUCACUGCAAAGAAGUUCAGAAAGAUUCCAUGACUUGCAAGAUCUGCAAAGAUCCUAAAACAGGGAGCAAUUCCGAGCAAUGUUCGUAUAAAUAUCAACCAAGCGACAAAAGUUACGCUUAUUCGAAAUCUAGAUCAAUUGGCAGCCCAACAGAAUCAAACGACAAAUCUUACGAUGAAUCUGAGACGAAAGAGACCGAAAAGUUGCCCUACGAGAACGAAGGUUAUGAUUACUCUUCCGAUAAAAGUCCCUACAUUACCGAUCAAGCCGCCAAAACAGAAUUUCCAACUUCCGACGAAUCCAAGUCUGAAGUAAUAGAAAAAAAAUCAUCGAAAUCCGCUCCGAAAAAAAGCGACGUAGGUUUCUACGAUGCAUUUAAGAAGAAAGAGGAGAUCCAGAAGGUUCUACAAGAAUUUCAAAAGGAAGAUCGUUCCAAUUGUAAGAAAUUAAUGAGAGAUAAAAUGACAUGUUAUCAAUGUGUCGACGACAAAGGAUUCAAAAAGGAGGAAUGUGCUUUCGUGACUUCGGAAGAACCAGCUGAGGAUAAAAUUAAUUAUCGAGAAGCGAAAGAGGAGCCGACUAAAAAGAUUCCUAGAUCGGUUAUUGAAAAUCUGGACGAUGUACCUAUUGAACCAGAAGCUGCUGCCAGUGAGAAGGUCUACGUGCAACGAGUACUGCCUAAGAAGAAUUCUGGAAAAAUUGAGGCAUCCAAGGAGACUGAACCGUAUGAAUACGUGGAAGAAACUAAACCUGUGUUCGAUAAGAUUCUUGGAUUCACACUUCCAGCGUACAUGCUGAGUACUUCUGAGCACGAAGAGGAGUUUGAUAAGAUUAUGUCAGGCAGAAAAAUUUGAAAAUAAUAUUUUAUCUUAU